AUGCCGCGCUCCGACGAAGCGGCGUCGUGGUACACGAUGGUUUACAGAGCGAUCCAAGAAGUCCCAUAUGGUAAAGUGACCUCUUAUGGCCACAUCGCUGUACUAUUGGGAUAUCCGGAGCGAUCACGGUACGGUCCCAUCCCUCGGAAAUGAGGAGGACAUGGCAUCUCUAACGCUGCUGUCUAGCCAAGUGGGCAUGUGCUUGAAGUAUUUGCCGCAUCCUUCAGAUCAGCCCGAUUCGCGUUACAACAGCGACACAGUGCCUUGGCAACGCGUGAUCAACUCCAAAGGGGCAAUUAGUAACAGGUAGGGGUGUCCCACGGCAGAUGAGCAACCCAGCUGAUUUGUCGUUUCAAGAGGAGUCGAUGGAGCAGCGAGGCAGGAGACUGCCCUGAUAGCGGAAGGCGUCGAAGUCAGCCGUGGCGAUCUAGGCGAGCGAACUGUCGACUUCUCACAAUACGGCUGGUUUCCAGAUCGAUUGCCAAGUGAGGAAAACGAGGAAAGUUGA